AUGGUCGAAGACCGUUGUCUCAGGAUUCCUGGCAGUUUUGGUGUCGGCACUAAUGGUCGUGCUUUGAAUGUAGAGCACAAGGCGCAGUGGUCUCUCCUUGGCCUCCGGCGUGACUCCGAUGGCUUCACAGGACGGGUAAUGAAGACAAUACUUCUGGGUGUCAACUGGUUCUGCAGAGACUUUCAAGAGCGACGGCAAUCGAUUGGCGGGAUGGACAACCUGUGGUUCCUCUUGGCUGACGUUACCGACUUCAACCCUGUGUGCACUUCGGCAUACACCCUGAAGGGAAGGUUGACGUUGGAGGACUUAUACUCAGCAGCGCAACGCCAGUCCGAGAAGUUCCCGAAGUACAAGCAACGGGUAACGUCUGUACUCAGAAGAUUUCACGGCGCCCGCUUUGAAGAGGACCCAGAUUUCAACCUCAAGAAUCACAUUCACGCCGUCAGUCUCCCGGAACCGGCCGGGAAACACGAAUUGAAUGAUUUGAUGGGCAAGGUCAUUGCUCAAGAGUGGGACCUGAAGCACCCGCUGUGGGAGGCCAUACUUGUUGAGAACUACAGGGACGAGACCGACGCUGAGAGUGCAUUGAUCAUGAGAGGUCACCACGCCCUCGCAGAUGGUCAAGGAUUCGGUUUCAGCCAGCUCCACAUCACUUCGUAUCACGACGAGUUGGUACACAAGAUGGACUCGGCGGCGGACUACCUCCAUGCGGUGAAGCGAGGAAAGGUACUACCUUCCAAGCUCCACCGCUCUCUCCGACCGCUCGACUUGCUGGCGACGAAUACAUGGACCGCACCACUGCUCGAACUCAUCAUGGCCUGUGCGUUCUGGUUUGUAUACGCUGUCUCGACGUUCGUCGGCCUCUUCUGGAGUGUCUACCAAGCCGCGCACCAGAUUGCUCUCUCCCCCUUUAGGGCCUGCUCAGGCUGGCGCGUCGGCAUGCUUACCGUGCCCCAGCCGGGCCCGCGCGUGACGGAGCGGGAGUUUGCCAGCUCGCGCGUGUUCAGCAUCAAGGACGUCAAGCUUUGCCAGCAGGCGUUCUCUGGCGCGAAGCCCGGUAGCGCAGUCGCUGGCGUUCCGAAGGAACAGCGCGAGAAGGCACGCACGAAGACGGGGCACGUCACGCUGAACGACGUCGUAUGCGCGGUGAUGGCGGACGUGCUCGGGAAGGAGAUCGCGUCCAGGCCUGCGAACCAGCUGAACGGCCUUUGGGAGCAGAAAAAGCGCAGGCUGAGGACGGUACCCCCGUCGCCUAGGAUUGGAUUCUUCAUACCGAUGAGCAUACGCACUCCUGGCGACUGGUCGAUGAGGAACCUAUCGACGGGGUCCAAGGUGGACUUGAACCCGUCGCCAAACCUCUCUAAGGAUGUCACAAUACGCGAGCUUCACGCACACAUCCAUCAGUGCCGUAGAGAGCUUUCUAUCCUGAAACGCAGCCUGCUUCCGAGGAUGUGUUUCAAUAUCCUGCAGUUGACGGGUCAGUUUCCUGCACUGCUCAACCUAUCCCUGCUGGCGGAACCGAUUCCGAAACUCAAGGAGCUGUGUAACAAAUGGCUGAUGAAGCCGAUAUAUGAUACGUUGUUGCAAUCAUUCCCUGUUGUUCUGACGAAAGGGGCUGCUAACAACGCGGAUGCAUUCAGCGUUCCUGGCCCCGCAAACAGCACGAUCACCUUGCAAGGCAAGGAAGUGCUCAAAUGGACCGUGCUCCCUCCUCAAGGCGGUAAAGGCACAAUCGGAAUGGGUAUCAUCUCGUAUGCUGGCGGGAUCUCCAUCGCCGUCGCUGCCGAUAAAGUGCCGUCGAGCCUCGGUGUCGCGGAACGGAUAUGCACAGGUUUUGAGGAGCGGUUUGAGCUCUACGUAAAAAGGGCGCGGGAGGUCUUGGAUCAUGUGGACUAA